AUGGCUUUCGAACAUGAUUCCCACCCUCUCCCUCCUCAUGAGGAAGAUAAAGAGAGGAGAGAGUCCCAGACCAAAAGCGCACUGAGCUAUGUCGGUGACCAAGAGAAAGUUGAUGAUAAGCCUGAUGCUCAUGACGACCACGACACAGGACCCAUCAAGGGCGACUUUUCCGAUGGUCGAGUCAAUUGGACCACAAAACAGAUUCUGGCCACUAUUGGCUUAUGCGGGCUCUACGUCGGAUCUCAAAUACCGCUGUACUUUUCUGGAGGCGCCCUCACCUACAUUGCAAUCUCUGUGGGUGCCGCUGACAAAGCUUCUUGGAUCCCCGUAGCAUAUGCUUUGGUGUUCUCAGCCAUUUCCCCCUUCUGUGGCUACCUUCAGGACAUCAUGGGUCGUCGCAACAUUACUCUCCUCGGUGGGGUUGUCGUGAUUGUUGGCAACAUCAUCAUGGCCACUACACACUCGUUUGCCCAGGCCAUUGCGGGCAUGGCUAUUACCGGGGCGGGAGCAGCGGUCGGCGAAUUGACUGCAUUGGCAGGAAUGUCAGAAUUGGUCCCAGUCACCAAAAGAGGAAUCUACCUCGCAAUCGUCACCGUCACCAUCUUUCCGUUCACCCCGUAUGUUUUGUACUGUCAACUGUUGUCCGUUCACGCGACGUGGCGGUGGCUGUACUAUAUAUGCAUCAUCUUCAAUUCGGUGUCCCUCGCCGGCAUUGCGGCCUUCUACUUUCCUCUGUCCCAAACACGAGCCGCAGGCCAGACCGCCAAAUCUAUCCUCAAGCAGAUUGACAUUGGAGGUGCUAUUCUCUCCAUUUCGGGAUUGACAUUGAUUCUAAUUGCCCUUCAAUCUGGCGGUCUCUUCCACCCCUGGUCCAGUGCCUACGUGCUUUGCACUCUGAUCAUUGGCAUUCUCCUUGUCGUCGCAUUUGCUUUGUGGGAGUGGAAAUUCGCUAAAUUUCCCAUCAUCCCUCAUGAGAUGUUUACGGGCCAAAGAGUGGUUGCCAUGGCUUUGGUGAUAUGCUUUGUGGCAGGAAUGGGCCUCAUGGCUGUGGUCAACUUCUUCCCACUCAUGUUCAGCACCGUCUUCACAGCCGAUCCUCUCCAGGUGGGCUUGAGGACCCUGGCGCCGGGGAUGGCGAAUAACAUCGGUGCCAUCAUCAUAAACACUUCCUUAUCCUAUUUUAAGAAGUAUAACCGCGAACUUCUCCUCCUUGCUACUGUCAUUAUGACCGUCUUCACUGGUGCCCUCGCCACGGUAACGCCCGACAGCCAAAGCCUGGCCAUCACCCUGGGAACGUUUAGCAGUCUCGGUGUGGGAGGGAUCAUAGUCCCGGCUGCCACAGUCGCCAUCAUCGCCACGCCAGAUACCUCGAUUGCCACAUGCGUGGCCCUCACCCUGUGUAUCCGACAGGUCGGCGGUUCGAUUGGUACGGCUAUUUAUUUCAACGUGCUCCAGGCCAAACUAAAGACAUAUCUCCCUGCAUCGGUGGCCCAAUACGCUCUCGCGGCGGGACUUCCAGCGAACAGCACAGAAGAGUUUGUUAUGACUUUUCUCACGGCUCCCGAUCAAGCUGCGCUAUUGCCCGGGGUCGAUGCUACGAUCUUACAACAGGCCGCUAUUGGGACAAGAUGGGCUUAUGCCGCGGCGUUCAAGUAUGUGUGGUAUACUAGCGUCGGGUUCGGGUGUGGGGCUGUGAUUGCAUGUUGUUUCCUGGGGAAUCCUGCGCGAUUCCACACGAAUCGUAUUGCGGCGGUGGUGAGGGGGUGA